AUGACUUUUACGCUAGAUACAGUCCACGCCAUUGUUGUGGUUGCUUUAGCCAGCGCUAAACGAUUUGGUUACGAUCCGAUGUUUGCCGUCUUGUAUUACCUAUAUGCCAGAACGUUUGUGGGACGUUGGUUGCAUUUAAAUCGCUUGUCAGCCGCUACGAAAGCUCAGAAAGGUUCCCAUUCUAAAGUUAAACUGCAUCGAUAUUCCGGUGUUACCAUAAAGCCAAUCGCAAUACUUGAUGACAACUAUGCAUAUUUAAUUAUCGAUCACAAUCUUAAAUUGGGUAUACUCGUUGAUCCAUCCGAGCCUCGACUUGUUCAAGAAGCUUUAAAAGCAGAAGAUAUAAAUUUAGCGGCGAUCCUUAUCACGCAUGGACAUUGGGAUCACAGUGGUGGUAAUACUAUCCUACACAAAUUGUAUCCCGAUAUAGCUAUUUACGGAAAUUCGGAAGACAAUGUACCCAAUCUGACUCACUUCGUAAAGGAUGGAGAUUCAAUUAAGAUUGGGACUCUUGUAUUUGAUGUUAUUGGAACCCCGGGUCAUACAUUGGGUCAUGUUAUGUAUACCCUAAAUCGAAAGGAACAAGGCGAACCUUCUUCAGUUUUUAGUGGUGAUCAUUUAUUUUUGGCCGGAUGUGGACGUAUCUUUGAGGGAAAUGGUGCUAUGAUGUUAAAAUCACUGGAUCGCUUGCUGGAACUUGAUGAUAAAACAUUAGUCUGGCCAGGCCACGAAUAUGCUACUUCCAACCUAAAAUUUGCUAUCGCAGUCGAACCAAGCAAUAAAGCCAUAAUUGAAAAAUUAACAUGGGCCGAUUCGUUGAGAAAUAAUUGUGAAUCAACUUGCCCGUCCACAAUUGGUGAAGAAAAAUCGUACAAUCCCUUUCUAAGAUCACAUAUUCCUGAAAUCAGUAAAACACUAGGUUGUCCAGAGCAAACAGAUUAUCAUAAUCAAAAUCAUCGAGCUGAAGUUGUUUCACUCUUGCGAUCAAAGAAAAAUUCUUUUAAGGCAAAAUAG